GGAUAAAGCAAGAUGGCGUCUGACGGUGAAGACGUUAUUGCAGUCGUCACAGUUCAGUGUUCUUAAUCUGUGCGUCCAUGUACACAUAUAUGUCCUUUAUUACACUCUAUUAAAUAGAGUCAUAAUAACUGUUUGUAUAUUAGUCUGAGCGCACUUUGAUGCUUCUCGAGCUAGCUUAGCUUGUUAGCUGCUAACAAAGAGAGAUGAAAACACAUCGCUAAGCAGAGAUCAAGUGUGAGUGUAAAGUGUUGUGAUUGUGUGAAAAUGUGCGAAAGAACCAUAGCAGAGUACGAGGAGGAACUUUGUCCAACAAAAGAGGAGAAGGAGCGACAACAUGAAAAACAUCAAGUUGUGUUACACACAACAGACAUCCAUCAGCUGAUUGGACACCAAGAAGAAUGUCUCCCUCAUCUGCAUGGGAACAGUUUCACUUCAGAGGAUCCACAGCCCCCCUAUUAUAAAGAGGAAGAGGAGGGAGAGUGUGUUGUAGGGCAGGAGGAGGAUGAUGUCAGCAAGUUUCCACUGACUGUUGUCUCUGUGAAGACUGAAGAGCAUGAAGACAAAGCACCUGAGUCCUCACAGCUUCAUCACAGUCCAAACGUUCAACAGCCCUUUCACAUUAAAGAGGAAGAGGAUGAUCCACAGCCCACCUACAUUAAAAAGGAAGAGGAGCAUCCACAGCCCACCCACAUUAAAGAGGAAGAGGAGGAUCCACACAUGAAAGAGGAAGAGGAGGGAGAGUGUGUUGUAGGGCAGGAGGAGGAUGAUGUCAGCAAGUUUCCACUGACUGUUGUCUCUGUGAAGACUGAAGAGCAUGAAGACAAAGCACCUGAGUCCUCACAGCUUCAUCACAGUCCAAGUAAGCACAUAUCAUUUUAUUCUCAGGGCAUUCAAUCCAUCACAACUGGACUGUUCACUUUGUCUUAGAAGACUCAUCCAAGUAGGCUUCAUCACUUCAUGCUCAUACACUUCAAGUCUUAAAUCUAAUCAUUGGAAUUUAGAGGGGAACUGCACUUUUUGGGAAUUUUUCUAUCGUUCACAAUCAUUAUGAAAGACAUGAUGGUGGAUAUAUUAAAAAAAGUAAAAAAAUCACAUU